UACUGCUGCUACCACUACUAUCACCACUAUCGACUCAGGGACUUAGAGGGAAUAAGAACACACGGGGAGCUAUAUACCACGAGUCGCACUCACGAGUCGCACUAUUUGUGGCAUCUCUGUACUGAAUAGGAAAGCCGUGUCUGCCUCUCAAGUUAUCAUUCCUGCCUCUACUGUUGACGCUGCACUAACAACCUUAUUCUACUCCACUUGGCUGCCUCACAAGGCGGAAACAGUCAUCACAACAUGCGGGGGCUGUGGUGGCCUGUUGCUCACCAGCUCCUAAAACAGACAGCUAGAGUGACCUUGCCUCGCAGAUUUCUUCCUGAAGCACGAAGACGUUUCUACAAGAAUGUGACAGUGGCAGGGAAUGGAGGUAUCUAUGAAGUGAAUUUGGAUCUCCACAAGCUAAAAACUCCAAAAGGACACACCUUACAGAUUCCUAACUAUGGCCUUGCCCUGGCUGUGGCACAAGAAUGGGCAGCCUCUAAAGACAAAAUUGUUCCCAGUCUCAUGCAUCUGACUGGCCUGUCCUACACUGUGAUUGACAACCCAAACCAUGAGACCAAAUGGGACACAGUCCACAAGACUCUGGAGUACCUGGACACCGACACUCUCCUGUUCCGAGAGGAGCAGAGUGAGGAGCUGAACACACUGCAAGCCAAGGAAUGGGACCCUAUCUUGGCAUGGUUUAACCAAAAAUUUGAUGCAGACAUCAAGCCGUGCGCCGGGCUCUUUGGGGCGGACAUUCCUGACCCUGUCCGGGAAACUAUUAGGCGAUACCUUCUCUCCUAUGAUGUGUGGGCAGUCAAUGGUUUCCUGUACGGAGUGGAGGCAUUGAAGUCCGUCAUCCUCACUAUUGCUGCUGCAGAGCGCAAAAUUACAGCAGAAAAAGCUGCUUUUCUUUCAAGACUAGAACUAGAAUACCAGACCUCCCACUGGGGCUCAGUGGAGUGGGCGCACGAUCUGGACAAGCAGGAGGUCACGGCCAGGUUUUCAGCGGCACUCCUGUUCAUCCACUUCAACACGUGGCAAGCCACCACCAAGCACAAGGCCAAGUAGUCAGUGUGUGCACAGCUCUCCUCUCACUCCCAUGCAAUGUGUAUAGUAAAAAAAGUGGAAGACCAUGUUAGAUAUGUUAUUUUUAUUUUGCCAACAUUUCUUAUAUAAUUAAAGAUGUUGACUUACA